UAAAAUCUGAUCCGGACCCUAAAGAAAACGGCAGCAGCACCCUAAAGGAGAUUAGCCGCAUCCCACUGAAAUUCUGGUUUUCAAUUUCCCAUCCCUUCAACAACCCCUCGUCUCUACAACGACCAAUAGUAGAAAAAUCCAUUCCCUCCACUGUUUUCCUCUUGCCACUAUUCCAAGAUUUAGGAGUUUCCAUGUUUAGAGAAAUUAAAGCAAAGUAGGUGAAAUAAGUUCUCUUAAUCCAUGGGUUCGAAGAGAUGCUGACGAGGUCCGGUUCGAUAGUCUUCGCUCUUUUGUUCAAUAUUUUUAUCGGCAGCCACCAUCGAGCUUCUCCGGAGCUCUUCCGCCGUCGUUCUUGGCGGCGCAAUCAUGAUGAAACGGCAUCGCGAAGAAACCGAUUCCAAUGGAGCGCCGGCAAUCGAACCUGCGACGUCGUACAACACGGUUUUCGUAGAUACCAACUUUGAUACUCACUUAGCUUUAGUUGUCUCCGACUCGGAUUCUGUCUUCGAUCUCAAAAAAAAGGUCGCGUUUGAACAUUUAAGGUGCUUUCCUGAGAUGAAAGAGUUGAAGAUUUCUUCAGUGAAGGUGAAACGGAGAGGACAUUACUAUCACCUAUCUGAUACUAUGCUUGUCAGAAGUGUUUUUGAAGGUAUAAAAAAUGGCUGGUUCCUUUCUAUUGAUGCUUCUAGCUGUGACCAACGGUUACUUUGCAUCACAUAUGCGCAAACUGAAGCUGACAAUCAUUCGUUCACUGAAAUAGAGAAGGUUUUUGAUACUAAUGAACCUUACCCAGCUCACGGAAACUUGGCUUCAAGCUCCAUUGUGAGAAAGAAGAAAGUCGCAAAGGUCAUUCGUGAAUUCAAGACCAUGGAUGAAUUACAGCAACUUUCUCCCGGAGCUGGUCCUGUGGCUAAGAAGCGUCACAUAGAAGAAGGCCUUGCCACAGAUACCCACACUUCAAAGCAUGGCAUAGAUAAUGAUGCUUCUGAAUUUAAGGUUGUUGGAAAUGAUACUAAUGAAGGAGAAAGAGAGCACAUAAACACGAGAUCCAAAAAUGCCAGUGCUGAAUCUUUACCUUCUGAUCACAGUAAUAAGGUGUCAAAACUGGGAAAGAAGAAAUGUAGGAUGGGUGGGGCAAGUGCUGAAAUCUCUGCUGUGCAGGACGCGCAGUGUGGGAAUAGGAACACUGAUGCACUUGAUGAAACAUCACAGUCUGGGACUAUUGCGAAUAAAGUGAAAAAAUUGGAUAGCUGUCAGGGUUCCACCGGGUUUAAUCGUAGGGAUGUUGCAAUUCCAGAGAACUCCACACAACAUAGACCAAUAAUAAAGGCAGCUUUAGCAGAAGCGUUGGAGGACCAAUCUUUGAGAACAAAUACAGCCCAUCAGAAAAGGAAAAAGAAGAAGGGAAAGGACUCAUCCACGUGCCAUGAUGAAGGAGUUGAAAUGAAGAUCUUUGACAAGUUGACUGAUGUUGACACUACUAUUCAAUCUGGACUGAAAGAAACGGUAUGCAUUCACAGAAAAAAGCAAGAUUAUCUGAUUCAAACAUUCACUUUUACAGUAGAACAAGUGUAAACAAGGCAUCAAUGCAUGUCAAAAAGAGAAAUGAACGACGAGAAAAAGUUUAAGAGUUAAAAUGAUAUCUAACCAUGCUGCUGCAUUGAAUCCAACUGAUAUCAUGAAGACCCAACCAGUGUUUUUAACAGAUUUCUCUUAUAGUCAAUCGCACAUGUGACUAACAAUCCAAACUUUUCUGGCACUUCUAAAUUUGUUAUAAGAAAAUGAUCAGUUGGAAAUUCAUAAUGCUGACAUUUAUGAUAGUCGUAAACAAAAUGUCACUGUUGAAUUACUGUCUGUAAUAUAAAUGUGAAAAAUUCUUGAAAUUACCGAUACAAGUGUAAUGUUUGUUAGUGAUUUUUGCAACAUUUAUGUGACUCUAUACAACAUUAGAAACGGUUGCCAUA